GCGAUAGUUGCUGUAGCUGAAAAUCCUAGGAGCAAAGCAGGGAGCAUGACAUGUCAACACAACAGAUAAAUUAUCACCACACAGGCAUGUAAGGCUACUCCACUUGGACCUGCGCCUCCUCCACCAGCAUCCUCACCUGCUGUCUCCAUGACAACCCCUCCACUAGUGUUGCCUUUUGGCGGGCAGCCACCAGCACCACCACAACCACAGGUGCAGCUGCAGCAGGCCCAGGCGGCACGGGACGUCAACACGGCGUCUCUGUGUCGCAUCGGACAGGAGACGGUGCAAGACAUUGUCCUCAGGACCAUGGAGAUCUUCCAGCUCCUCAGGAACAUGCAGCUGCCUAAUGGAGUCACUUACAACCCAAACACCCACGGGGACCGGCUGGGGAAACUGCAGGAGCACCUACGGACGCUUUCCGUGCUCUUCCGCAAGCUGCGCCUCGUCUACGACAAAUGCAACGAGAACUGCUCCGGGAUGGACCAGAUCCCCCCAGAGCAACUGAUACCCUUCAUGGAGGAUGACAGCUCUAAACUUGAGGAACGCUCAGCUGGCCAGAGCCGCCCUGCCACCGAGGAGAGAAGAGAAAUCCUGGAGGUCACCAAGAAGCUGAAGCAGAAGAAUCAGCAGUUGAAGCAGAUCAUGGACCAACUACGCAAACUCAUCUGGGAAAUCAACGCCAUGCUGGCUGUCAGGAGCUGAGACUGACACACACACACACACACACACACACACACACACACACACACACACACACACACACACACACACACACACACACACACACACACACACACACACACACACACACACACACACACACACACACACACACACACACACACACACACACACACACACACAGAGAUUUGGUCAUUAACUGAACGUGUGACAGGGUACCACCGACUGAGGCUGCACUUUAAAGAAAUUGAGACAUUGGAAAAAUCAACCCGUUUCCAGAAGACAUGAAGCAACAGAUGCAAACUAAAUUAAACCCUGAGAGGGAGGGGUGAGUGGCUGAUGGCAGACCACAUUGUGUCGAGCUCAAUAUUCUGCAUUUCAAUCAACGUUGAGUUUGACGAAAUCUGAAGAGUUGAUAUAUUAUGUUUUAUCUAUUAGUAGGUUCAAGCUUAAAGGUUUAUGCCUGUAGAGACACACUAUGUUAUAUAUUUUAUCCUAAAAAUCUGCUAACUUUUGUAUUGGAAUAGUUUGAAGCCCUAAAAAUGGAAUGCUUUUUAUGACCCCUAAACACUUUAAUAAGAAAGACAUGUGGCAAAAUAA